CCCUAGCACCCCUUGUCCCUCCCCUCGUAAACUCCGAAACCAAAACCCACCAACCCCACGGACGCUUUUAUUUCUCAAUUGCCAUCACAUUCCAUCACUACCCUCUCUACUUCUUCACUGCACUUCAUUUCAUAACCCUUUUCUUGAUCUUGAUCUAUCUUCAAAUCCAUGGCUAUUUCCCAAGAUUCAGCCAUUUUCUGCCGCCAGAUCAUCGCCAAGAACCCGGCCGUCGAUUUCAAGAGCCGGUUUUCUCGCUCUCCUGUUAGUCCCAUCAGAUUCUGCUUCAACGUAGAGAAAUUCAAGGGUAGCGACAAGUUCAAGAUUGGAGUCAUGGCAGGGGUUGAAGUGGUGGGCGCGAAGAGCGCCGCGAGUUUGAGCCCCAGUUCUAAUUUAGGCCUUGAUGUGGUGACCGACAGGGAGCCGAGGGAAAAGGGUUUCUUGGGAUUGAGGAAGACGAAGCUCGUGUGCACGAUCGGGCCGGCGUGCUGCUCUGAGGAGGAUUUGGAGAGGUUGGCACUGGGAGGGAUGAAUGUUGCUAGGUUUAAUAUGGGUCAUAACACGAGGGAGUGGCACCGGGAGGUGAUUCGGAAGGUUAAGAGGUUGAAUGAGGAGAAAGGGUUUUGUGUUUCAGUUAUGAUUGAUACUGAAGGUAGUCAGCUUGAGGUUGAUCAUGGGGAGCCCUCCUCUGUCAAAGCAGAGGAAGGCUCUAUCUGGUACUUUACUUCUAAGAAAUUUCGGGGUUGUCGUCCAUUCAUUGUUCAAGCAAACUGUGAAGGCUUCUCUGAAGGUGUCAGGUUGGGAGAUGAACUUGUUGUUGAUGGAGGAAUGGCAAGCUUUAAAAUCUUAGAUAAGAUUGGGGAGGCUUUACGGUGUAAGUGCACGGAUCCUGGUUUACUCCUGCCCCGAGCCAAAGUGAGCUUUUGGAGAGAUGGAAGGCUUGUUGAGAAAAAUUAUGAGCUCCCCACUCUAUCAGUCAAGGAUUGGUUUGACAUCGAUUUUGGCAUUUCUGAAGGAGUCGAUAUGAUUGCCUUGUCAUUUGUAAAUGAUGCUGAUGCUGUCAACCAGUUGAAGAACUAUCUCUCAUCCACAUCAUCCAAAUCCAUUAGAGUUCUAGCAAAGAUAGAGAGCUCAAAGUCUCUCCAGAAACUGGAAGAAAUUGUAGAGGCUUCUGACGGAAUAAUGGUGGCAAGACGUGAUCUUGGGGUUGAAAUUCCACUUGAGCAUAUACCAGCACUGCAACAGAAAAUAACUCAAGUUUGCAGGCAGCUUAACAAGCCAGUGAUCAUAGCUUCUGAACUUCUGGAGUCGAUGAUUGAAUAUCCUACUCCGACGCGUGCUGAGGUUGCAGAUGUUUCUGAAGCAGUUCGGCAAUUUGCUGAUGCCCUGAUGUUGUCUGGUGAGUCAGCAAUUGGAUCUUUUGGACAGAAGGCUCUUUCUGUUUUGCACACAACCAGCAGUAGGAUGGAGCUAUGGAGUCGUGAGAAGAACCAACACAAUGGUCUCCAUCAGCGUCAACUUGGACUUUCUCUAGCCGAAAAGAUUGCUGAGCAGAUUUGUAAUUGUGCAGUGGAAAUGGCUAACAACCUCAGCGUGCAAGCUAUCUUUGUGUACACAAGGCAAGGACAUAUGGCAUCCCUCCUCUCACGCAACCGUCCCUGCCCUCCCAUAGUUGCAUUCACAAAUGAUGCAAGCACCCGGAUGGCUCUGAAUUUGCAGUGGGGAGUUAUGCCCUUUCUAGUUGAUUUAUCAGAUGAUGCGGAAGCCGACAUCUCAACAACCAUUGAUCUAAUGAAAACUAAGGGCAUGGUGAAAGAAGGAGAUGCUGUUUUGGUGGUCUCAGAUGUCAUUCCAAGUUCCCAAUCAAAUGUCUCUUUUUCUGAUAAGUUAUUCCAAUCGAAGGUCAUUCCAAGUUGUGCAACUGCAGAUGUAAUCCAAUCAAUCCAGGUGAAAAACAUUGCUUAGGAUGUAAUUUAUUGGAAGUGGAGAUAAUUAUUUAUGUACCUUCUGAAAAUAGCGGCAAAACUAUCCUUUGGACCUGAACAAGUCCCUACGGAAUAAUGCGAUUCUGCACUUUUUUUCCCCUUUUGGGAAAUUUUUUUUCGUUUGAUGACCAUCUGCUUUAGUUGAUAAUGUAAUUUUGUUCUGCUGUAAGCUGGUCCAUAAUCGUUUGUAUUAUACUCAUGGGAUUUUGCUUCCAUUCCUUUGUACUCAAUGCAACUUUAUGCGAGGAAAGGCAAAAAAAAGUUCCAUUUUUGGACAGGAUUCACUUCAAAAA